AUAUACAUAAAUACAAAGUAAAUGGUGAGGGGACACUUGAACCAUCUCCUGUUCCAGGAGCCUUCAAGGAUAGCCAGUGCUUCACUCAUCCCCCAAUGCUGCAGAAUUGUAGGGUCUUCCUAUGACGUGAGGACCGAAACUAGAGGAUGCUGGGGUCCCUUUUAGAUCCAAAUCUGCAAGCUGGAGUUGUGGGAGGUGCCUCCUGGGGUCCUGGACAGCUCCUGCAGAGCGGGUGUUCCAGGGAGCCUUUGGGACGGGCUGUGGCAGUUCAGGAGCUGGCAGGUGAUAAUUUCACCCAUCCAUCUGUCCAUCCAUCCUUCCAACUAUGCAUCCAUCCAACUGUCUUUCCACUCCCUCACCACCUGUCCAUCUGUCCACACAGCUAACCCCCAACAAGGAAGUUUAGAAGCCCCCACUGGGUGCCGGCUCUGUGCUGGGUGCUGGAGAUGUGAGGGUAACGAAGGAAGCUAUUAUUCCUUUUCUCAGGAAGCAAGGUUUCCUUCUCUGUAGAGUUGUCAGGUUAUCAAAUGGAAUCAAAAACAGUUCCAGCUGACUUUCCUACAGCAUUUACCUAAUUUUCUCGGAGUCCCACAAUGCCCUCGUGAGAAAAGGCACACCAGACCCUCUCCUUGGCAGGCGACAGGAGCAGGAUUCUCACCCAGGGCUCUCUGUUCCAGAGACAAGCUUCCCAGGCCCAGCUGGGGUAGGACUCUCCUAAGAUCCCGACUGGGCCGAGGCAAGCGCCUCUGGCUCGGGGCCUGCCCCGGGUCCCGCCAUUGUGGGUGACCCUUCCUUGGGAACAAGGUCAGUGUUCUGGCUCCCAGGCUGCGCCCCCGGCCCCUUCCUCCUCCAUGGGAACUCCCUGCAGCCUUCCCCGCUCUCUGCCCUCCUCCCAGGCAGCCGGCCAGCUUUCUUCAUUGUCUCGGCCUGGCAGCCCCGACCGGCCUGGCAUCGCAGCGCUGGCAUUCGCCUGGGAGAAGCCUCCCGCUGGGCAGGCCCGGGGCUGGGGGAGAGCCGGGGAGCCCAAAGCCAGGUAGGAGCGGCAGGUCCUCCCAGCGCAGGGUGACUCGUGGGAGGAGCCUGGCUCUCGCAUUUCGAUUCCCCGGAGGAAGGGCUGUGAGUGUGUGUGUGUUCUCCAGAAAGAGCCUUGAACCUGGCUCUGGGUCAUUAACCAUUUCAGCUGCGGAGAGCCGGCGGCCCUCCAUGAGUCUGCCCUGACGGCAGAGCUUCCCCAGAAGGCACAGGAGGCGCAGCCCAGCGUUCUUCCAUGGGGGACGAGUAUGGCAAAGGCCACCAUGCCGUGCUCAAUAAGGGCGAGGAGAACGAGGUGGAGAUAUUUGGUUACCAGACGGAAGGCUGCCGGAGGACUCUCUGCAUCGUGGGCUACGUGUUUUCCUGUGGGAUCCUGCCCUUGGUGUUUUACUGGCGCCCGGCCUGGAGCGUGUGGGCCCACUGCGUCCCGUGCACCCUCAGAGAAGCCGACGUUGUCCUCCUCAGGACCACGGAUGAAUUUCAAAUAUAUUCUCGAAAAAAGGUCACGUGGAUCAACCUGUCCACCCUGAAGGGCUCGGUCAGCCUCACACCGGACCAUCCCCUCAUCGCCGAUGAGGAUUAUGUCAUCAAUCGGGCCAUCCUCAGGCCCGAGUUAAAGGUGAGGUGCAUUCAGGUGCAGAAGAUCAGGUAUGUUUGGAACAACUCCGAAGAGCAGUUCCAGAAAGUCGGGUGUCUGGAGGAUGGCUUCUCAGCUGCUAAGAUACACCUGAAGUUUGGGUCGGGCCUGAGCAGAGAAGAGCAAGAGAUCCGGAGGCUGAUAUGUGGCCCCAAUGCCAUCGACGUGGAGAUCACACCCAUCUGGAAACUUCUCAUCAAAGAGGUUCUCAAUCCAUUCUACGUGUUCCAGCUCUUCAGUGUCUGCCUGUGGUUCAGUGAAGACUAUAAGGAAUAUGCUGUUGCUAUCAUCAUAAUGUCCAUCAUCUCCAUCACCUUAACGGUGUAUGACCUCCGUGAGCAAUCCAUAAAGCUCCACCGGUUAGUUGAAUCUCAUAAUAGCGUCCUGGUCACUGUGUGCAGGAAAAAAGCAGGCACCCAAGAGUUAGAGUCUCGCCACUUGGUCCCUGGAGAUUUGUUAUCAUUGAAUGGGAACAAAAUGCAGCUACCAUGUGAUGCCAUUCUCAUUGAUGGAGGAUGCGUUGUGAAUGAAAGCAUGCUGACAGGGGAGAGUAUUCCCGUCAUCAAAACAGCCUUGCCCAGGGUGGGAGACACGGUUCCGUGGAAGCUGCACGGGGAAGAGGACUACAAGAGGCACGUUCUCUUCUGCGGCACCGAGGUCAUCCAGACCAAGUCGGCCGGCCCGGGAGCAGUGCGGGCUGUCGUCCUGCAGACCGGGUUCAACACCGCCAAGGGGGACCUGGUGAGGUCCAUCCUCUACCCGAAGCCCAUGAACUUCCAGCUCUACAGAGACGCCGUCAGGUUCCUCCUGUGCCUCAUCGGGACCGCCACCAUCGGGAUGGUCUACACCAUUUGCGUUUACGUGCUCAGCGGCGAGCCGGCAGAGGAUGUGGUGAAGAAGGCUUUGGAUGUGAUCACCAUUGCGGUGCCCCCCGCGCUGCCCGCCGCCCUGACGACAGGGAUCAUCUAUGCUCAGCGGAGGCUGAAAAAAAAUGGCAUCUUCUGCAUCAGCCCCCAGAGGAUCAACAUCUGUGGCCAGCUCAACCUCAUCUGCUUCGACAAGACUGGCACCUUAACCAAGGAUGGCUUGGAUCUCUGGGGUGUAGUCCCUUCAGAUAGGAAUGGUUUCCAGGAGAUCCACAGUUUUGCCUCUGGCAGCUCUCUGCCCUGGGGACCCCUCUGUGGAGCCAUGGCCAGCUGCCACUCCCUCAUCGUUCUGGACGGGACCAUCCAAGGAGACCCUCUCGACAUCAAGAUGUUUGAAGCCACCAACUGGGAAAUGGAAAACUCUGGGAAAGAUUUCCACAUCCAAGGAGUCCCAACACAAGCCAUGAUUGUCAAGCCAAGCCAAAAGACCCGCCAAAUCCCAGUGGGUGGGAUCGCCAUCCUGCACCAGUAUCCCUUCUCGUCGGCCCUGCAGAGGAUGUCGGUCAUCGUGCAGGAGGUGGACGGGGACCGGAUGGCCUUCAUGAAGGGGGCGCCAGAAAGGGUGGUUAGCUUUUGCCAGCCCGACACCGUACCCAGCAAUUUUGCCAGUGAACUCCAGAAUUACACCACGCAAGGCUUCCGGGUUAUUGGGCUGGCUUACAAAAGGCUGGAGAGCAACGGCCAUAUCUCGGCCUUGACAAGAGAGAAGGUGGAGUCGGACCUGACGUUCCUGGGACUUCUGAUCCUGGAGAAUCGUCUGAAGGAAGAGACCAAGCCGGUCUUGGAGGAGCUCAUUUCGGCCCACAUCCGGCCAGUGAUGGUCACAGGGGACAACCUGCAGACCGCGGUCACGGUGGCCAGGAAGUCGGGGAUGAUCGCGGAAAGCCUGAGAGUCAUUCUCCUCGAAGCCAAGGAGGCCGAGGGGCCCUCACCCGCCUCGGUCACGUGGAGGCUGCUGGAAGAUCGAAAGCACGCCGGCUAUGGGGACCGGGACAGUUACAUUAACAUUGGAGAAGAUGCCAGCAGACCUGAAGAUGAAGGCGGAAGCUAUCACUUUGCCAUGACUGGGAAAUCCUAUCAGGUGCUAAGUCAGCAUUUCAACAGUCUGCUCCCCAAAGUCCUGAUGAACGCGACGGUUUUUGCCAGAAUGUCUCCUGGGCAGAAAUCCAGUCUGAUUGAAGAGUUUCAGAAGCUGGAUUACUUUGUAGGUAUGUGUGGCGAUGGAGCCAAUGACUGCGGGGCUUUGAAAAUGGCUCACGCGGGCAUUUCCCUGUCUGAACAAGAGGCCUCCGUGGCUUCCCCGUUCACCUCCAAAGCCCCGAAUAUAGAAUGCGUGCCGCACCUCAUCAAGGAAGGACGUGCGGCACUGGUCACCUCGUUCUGUAUGUUUAAAUACAUGGCUCUAUACAGCAUGAUUCAGUACAUCGGUGUGCUCCUGCUUUACUGGAAAACAAACAGCCUUUCAAAUUACCAGUUUCUGUUCCAGGAUCUAGCCAUCACGACCAUCAUUGGGAUAACAAUGAGUUUGAAUGGCGCCUACCCCAAGCUCGUUCCUUACAGACCCCCUGGCAGACUGGUCUCUCCUCCUCUGCUCUUCUCUGUGCUCCUCAAUGUGCUCUUCAGUCUGGUCAUGCACAUGCUGGGUUUCAUUCUUGUUCGGAAGCAGCCCUGGUACUCUGCCACUGAUGUCUUCAGUGCCUGCUCCCCAGCAAAGGGAAACGUUUCCAGAACAACCGCUUUACCCAUGUUACCAGGGAAGGUUGGCCCUGACAGCUUCAUGAGUUACGAGAACACCACAAUCUGGUUCUUGGGGACCAUCAACUGCAUCAUUGUCGCGUUGGUGUUUUCCAAAGGAAAGCCAUUCAGACAGCCCAUUUACACCAACUAUAUCUUUGUCCUUGUGCUGGGAAUUCAGAUGGGGGCGUGUAUCUUCCUUCUGUUUGCGAAUAUUCCUGAUCUCUACCAGCGGAUGGAUCUCGUCUGCACACCCACCCUUUGGAGGGUCUAUCUGAUCGUCAUGCUCGCUGUCAAUCUGAUUCUCUCCUUGGUUGUGGAGGAGGCCAUCAUUGAAAAUCGAGCCCUCUGGCUGAUCAUCAAGAGAAGUUUUGGAUAUCAAUCUAAAAGCCAGUAUAGAAAAUGGAAGAGCAUGGUGGCCAAUGAACCGGCCUGGCCCCCCCUCAAUCAGACUUUCUAUUCUGAUCAGCCCAACAACGCCAGAGGAGUGUCUUACAGCAACCCCGUGUUUGAGAGCCAUGAAGAGAGUCCCUGAAGGAUAUAUCCUGGGGGUCUGAGGUCUAAACGGCCUGCCGGGGAAGAAAGGGACAGAAGGGCUUCGGGAACUUUGGGGUCCUGGGAAGCUCCUUCUAAUUGCAACCAGAGAUUUUGAUGAACAAAUCAAAUUAUGAUCAUAAAUUAAAGACUUUUUGCCCAAA